CUCAGGCGCACAGCCAGGCGGAGAGCAGAUUUCCGCGCGAGGGUCUGGCCUAGAGCGCCCGCGAAGCGCGGAAGAAGCGCCUGCUCAUGGCUGGCAGCCUCACGGAGGAAGUCCCUGAGAGCGAAGAGAGUGUGGAUUGGGGCUACGAAGAAGGCGUUGAGUGGGGGCUAAUCUUUCCCGAUGCAAAUGGGGAAUAUCAGUCUCCUAUUAACUUGAAUUCAAGAGAGGCCAAAUAUGACCCAUUGCUACUGGAAGUACGCUUAUCACCAAAUUAUGUUGUAUGCCGUGAUUGUGAGAUCAUCAAUGAUGGACACUCAGUUCAGAUCCUCUUAAAGACCAAGUCAAUGUUAGUAGGAGGGCCGUUACCUCGGGGGCAUGAAUUUGAACUUCACAAUGUUCGAUUUCACUGGGGCAGAGAAAACCAGCGUGGCUCAGAACACACAGUUAAUUUUAAAGCGUUUCCCAUGGAGCUCCAUCUGAUCCACUGGAACGCCACCAUGUAUCACAGCAUUGAUGAGGCAGUGGGAAAGAAGAAUGGUAUAGCCAUCAUUGCUUUAUUCGUGCAGAUAGGAAAGGAACAUUCAGGCCUAAAGGCUGUGACUGAAAUUCUGCAAGACAUCCAGUAUAAGGGCAACUCCAAGACAAUACCUUGCUUUAAUCCCAACACAUUAUUACCAGAUCCACUGCUAAGAGACUAUUGGGUGUAUGAAGGCUCUCUCACGGUGCCACCCUGCAGUGAAGGUGUUACAUGGAUCUUAUUUAGAUAUCCUUUAACUCAAUUCUGGGUCCAGCAAGAUGAGAUGUUGGAGCUCCAUGACUGGAUCAUCUUUUAAUUCUGUGGAAAGCAGCUUCAGGAUUCCUGAAAUGGAUUGGGAGCACAAUGCUGAGAAAGAUGGAAAGUAAUAUUUUGCCCACUGGAUCAUUUUUAAAAUUUAAAUCCUCUCAGUUGUUGCUAUUUGUUCCAUUAGGAAAAAAAUAUAUGUUUCUUGGUGUUUCCCCUAAUAAGGGAAAUAGUCCUGAAAACUGGGGAAACUGCCACACAGGAAAUGUUUGGAGGAAAAAUUUUGAAUCUGUUCUGGCAAAGAAUCAUAUGGGAUGUUCAACAGUUGAUUUUGAAAUAAAUGAUAAAGCUGAUUUUGGAUCUUCAACAUAUCAUUUGCCUUGUUUCUGUCUGAGAAAAAAAUAGUUACAUUGGUCACAAUUUUUAAAAUAACUUGCAAUUUUAGAACCUAAUAAUAGAACUGAAUUUAGAAUAUAUCAUGGAAGGGAAUAUUAAAUUAGAAUUGUAGAAUAUGAAUGCUAUGUUUUUCAUAUUAUUUUAUCCCACAUUGGUUCAAACAUUUAAUCUCAUGUCAAAUUGCAUUUAGUAAUUUUGCAUUAUUUUGCAUUUUGGCUGCAUAUCACAAAAAUGCUAGUCAAAAUUACAAGAUAGUAGGGUUUCUGCAGUAUUUGCCUUCAUUUGUGGUUGCAAAUUAUUCUAAGAAUUGAUUUGGACAUCACACUAAGUCAUAUUAUAACAUAGCAGUAAAGUUACUCGCAUAGAGGUAGCUAACAAUGAAUGGUUCCAUCUAUGACUUGUUAACUGUAUUGCACAAACCAUGAACUCUGACUUACAAUUUUGGCUUGUUCAAACAAGUGUUUUAAUUACAUGAUGAACACAGUGAAAAAUAUAUUAACCAUGAUAUACUGUUAUUUUUCACCUCCUAGACCCUUGAUUCUGAUUUGAACCAGUUGAUCUUGCUUGAAGAUUCUGUAGUGUCUGGACCUGCCUAAAACAUAUUAAGGAGAAUUACCCUAGAAAACUUUCUGAAAAAUAGAUCAUAUCUCUGGACACUGAAUUGGAUUUUUCUAGCAAGGAGCCUGAACUCCCCUUUGAACUGACUUAAUCUAAUAUGAUUUGCUUCAGUAGAGAUGGCUGAAGAUGCAAUGUGCGGCCGUUCAUCAAUUACAUAGUGUAAAGAUAUAAUCUUGAACCCUGUUUCUUUCAGCUUCAUCUAAAGGCUUUGAGACCACAUUUUGAUUUAACAGCUUACAUAAAUUUGAGCUUUUAUUGGAAUAAAGAUCUGUGAUAUUGCCCAAGG